AGUGAUGUACCUAAGACUACAAUUCUAAAUAACAUGUCGCAUCGCUUGUUCUCUUCAAUCGAGGAACUGAUAGGGUCUCCCUCCCUCUAUUCUCCAACUAAACCAAAAACAAAUCUCACAUUUUCCACGUCAAACUCUUUUCUUUCUUUUUUUUUUCUUCACCACCAAACCAAAAAACACGCUCUCUCUCUCUCUCUCUCUCUUAGGCUCCUUGUUCAAUCUAUGGAACUUUCAUACUUCAUUGACUAGUUCUCCCUCUCUUUGUCCAAGCAUUUUUUUCAAACAAAUCAGGUACCAUGUUGAAGCAAAUUCUUAGCAAAUUGCCUAAGAAGGUGCCAAAAUCGGACACAUCAGAUUCAGUACAGAGUGAUUCUGGGAGUCCUACUACUUUUGCAAAUGUCUUUCAAUGUACAACUGUUGGUGUUGCCAUUUCAAGCAAAUUAAAUGCUGUGAAGCGGGUAUCUUCAGUGGUAUUUCCGGCAAGCUUGAAUGCUGGAGUGGAAGCAGUUGACCCCCAUAUAUCUUUCAAAGAUGUUUCAAAUAAUCAGAAACAAAACCUGUUCAUCAGUAAGUUGAAUCUUUGCUGCAGAGUUUAUGAUCCUAGUCAUCCUGAUAAGAACUGCACAGAGCAAGAUGUUAAACAUCAAACAUUGGUAGAGCUUGUUGAUUUUGUUUCUUCUGGAUCUGCAAAGUUCACAGAACCAGCAAUAGCUGCAAUGUGUAAAAUGUGUGCAAGUAACUUGUUCAGGGUUUUUCCUCCUAAGUUUCGCACUAGUGCUACUUGUGGGGAAACAGAAGAUGAAGAGCUUAUGUUUGAUCCUUCCUGGUCUAACCUCCACAUUGUUUAUGAUCUUCUCCUUCAAUUCAUAAAUUGUAAUUCUCUUGAUCUAAAGGUGGCAAAAAUGCAUAUUGAUCACUCGUUUAUUGCAAGAUUGCUAGACCUUUUUGACUCUGAGGAUCCUAGAGAAAGAGAUUGCUUGAAGGCAAUUCUGCAUAGAAUCUAUGGAAAAUUCAUGGUACACAGGCCUUUCAUACGGAAAUCUGUCAGCAAUAUCAUCUACCGUUUUAUUUUUGAGACUGAACGUCAUAAUGGAAUUGCUGAGCUGUUGGAGAUUUUUGGGAGUGUGAUUUGUGGGUUUGCCUUGCCAUUGAAGGAGGAGCACAAAAUGUUUUUGUGUAGGGCUUUACUACCUUUACACAAACCUAAAUCUGUUGGUAUUUAUCAUCAGCAGUUAACAUAUUGUGUUGUACAGUUCAUAGAUAAGGAUCCAACCCUGGCUAGCACUGUAAUAAUGGGACUAUUGAAGUACUGGCCAGUAACAAAUAGCCAAAAGGAGCUAAUGUUCAUAAGUGAGUUGGAAGAGGUUUUGGAAGUGACAAUCAUGGUUGAAUUUCAGAAGAUUAUGGUCCCAUUGUUUCGACGCAUAGCUUGCUGUCUUAAUAGCUAUCAUUACCAGGUGGCUGAGCGAGCUCAUUUGCUAUGGAACAACGAGUACAUCCUUGAUGUUGUCAACCAAAACCGGCAGGUGAUUCUGCCUCUUGUGUUCUCAGCACUUGUACAUAACACCCAAAACCACUGGAAUCGAACAGUGCUCAAUCAGACUGAGAACAUGAGGAAGAUGCUGUCUCAGAUGGACGAGGAUCUGGUGCUUGCCUGCCAACGUAAGUUGGAGGAGGAAGGUUCAAGGUCAAGCGCCGCCGCCGAACGGCGACGAAUUACAUGGGAACGUCUGGAAGCUGCUGCCAAUGUCCAUAAUGUAGCUGUAGGAGGUGAUGUUCUAGCAUCUCCAGCAUGUACUGUGGCAUGCUAGUUUGUUGAGUAAUGUUGUCAAUGUUCUAAUUACUUAAUGUCAUCAUGGUUCGUUCUUGAGUUUUACCAUGUUUUUAACAUGCGUUGCAUUGCAUUGCAUUGCCAGUGGCAUUAAUCUUCUUGUGUGCCUUCAAAAUUGUGUUGGGUUGGUUGUGUUUGUUGUGGUGUCGGUGUAGUCACGCGUGCAAUUAUUUGCGGGUACCCAUAACAUUACCUAAUGACCUGGCUGGGCCCCACCUUAGUGCUUACCUUGGUUGAGUGGCAUUGCAGCAUGCAAUACGUUGUACCUGAAUGUGGUGUCAUUGCUAUACUCGUUGGUGA